CAUACAGACAAAAACAGACAGCUCAUCUGGAAACAGGAACUAACUAACUAACUACCCAAAUAGUGUGGUCGUUGUCGCAAGAGAAAGAUUCGCUGCAGUGGCGACACUGGCGGUGGCCAACCGUGCAUCAACUGCAAGAAUGCUGGAGCCAAUGAGCCCUGCCAAUUCCUACGGGUUCAAUCUCUCCAUCCACACUCAAGCCAGGUUCUCACGACGCUGACCGACAUGCGCCAUGCCCACGAGGGCGGAAACCCCACACCGAACCCGCACCUAGAGUGUGGCUACAACAUGGAUGCGUCACGCGCCGGCGCUAACCGGGGCUCCGUAACGCCCCUACCGAUGCCCACCUACACGGAAAUGGGCGGCGAGGUCUCGUACCAGCAGCGGGCGCCGUACUCGAGCGGAUACGGCAGCCGUCCGACGGCGGCGGCACCUUCGUCCUACUAUGCCGCCGCCGGCAGCAGCUCCUGGAGCGGCUACUCCACCGAGGACGAGUACCACACGCCCGCCCCGUACUACCCGGGCGCCAUGACCGACAUGACUGGGUAUAGCCCCUGGGGCAGCAGCAGCAGCAGCGGCGGCGGGUCCGCGUCGGGCACGAGGAGCAGCAUCAGCAGCAGCAGCAGGUCGGGACCGACGGCUGGCAGCAUGUACGUGGAUCCACCUGCCCCUGUCCUGCAUCACCCUCACAACCUUGCCUCGCUCGUUCACCGGCCUGCUUCUGUCAUCCCUGUCUCUGCUGCUGCUGCUGCUGCUGCCGCCGCCGCCGCCGUUACAGCGUCGAUGCCGCCUCUGGCUACUCUUGCGGCUGUUCCCGGUGCUGGCCAUCCACACAGCUACACUGCCAUGCAGUACCCCUACCACACAACAACAACAACCCAGGCGGGUGUCGCUGGCCACCACCAGUCCUGCAGCGUCGUGUACAUGCCCCAGCCCACGACCCUGAGGCUCGGCGGUGGCCACCACUUCAUCCCCGAGGGGCUGCCGACCGAGCGUCUGGCCACCAGCUCUUCCAACUCCCCGUCCCCGAACUCCCAGCUCGGCGAUGCUGCUGCUCCCCCCUCGAAUGCACCCUAUUCAGUCCAGCACAUGGUCAAGAUGGAGGGCACCGCCUCGCCUGCCGCCAACUCCAACCGGGGCUCCACCACCAGCCCGGCCUGUUCUUCCGCCACGCCGAGGACCAGCAUCGGCGGCAGCGUGAGCGGGCAGGAGGACCACAAGAGCCACGAGGACGAGGGCAGGGAAGACGAAGAGCUCCGCCACCAGCAGCAGGGCCACCACCAGGACCGGGCAUACAGCUCAGCCACCGCCGCCGCCAGAACCGACAUGCCAGAAGUUGCUAACAACCUCCCCGACGCCAUCUUCAGUGACUCGAUGCACGCCGGCCCUUCCAUGAACGGCUACGAAUACGCCGAAUCGGCCCACUCGUCGCCCUACCACGCCCACGCGGGCCACUCGACCGCCACGGCCGGCUCCAGCCCCGCCUCUGUCGACCACAGGCGCGGCAUGCCGUCGCUGGUGAACCCAAACAGCGGCUACGUACCGCUGCCGACGCCUCCGCCGACUGGCAGCAGCAGCCACCAUGACCACCAGCAGCACCAGCACCAGCAUCAGCAUCAGCAUCAGCAUCAGCACCAGCAGCAACACCACCACGACCACCACCAUCACCAGCAGGAUCCUCACCACCCGGCGGCCACCGGCGGCCAUCAGGCUCGGGCUAUCACCAAGGGGGCGCUCCUGAUCAUCACUCCCAUGGCUCGGAUCACCAUCGCUCCCAGAUGGGACACCGUCGCUGAUGGGGUCAAGGGUGUGUUUUGA